ACUUCAACUGUAGAGGAUUUGCUGAGAUUUCACCAGUCCUUUAUUAAUUAUUUAUAGGCUUUAGAUAAUUAGAAACUUCAUUCGUAGACGUCUGUCCCUGUAUACCAUUCGAAACACGACUUAAAGAACAGCGGUCGAUUUGUUUUUUGCUCCGUUUGUUGCAGGUAACUGCGCAAGUUGCUACAAGAAUAUGGCAAAGAUAUUAUCGACAGUGCUUUGUGCACUACUGAUUUAUCAAGUUCUUUGCGAGAAAAUCGAGAAAAAAGAGACCAAGGACAAUGAAAAAGUCGGGGACAAGGAACAACUUGAUGAUGCUAAAAGAUCAAUCAAACAAUGGCUUCGAGGAAGAUUUGGAAAGAGAGAGAAUGAGCAAUGGCUUCGUGGAAGAUUUGGCAAAAGGGAAGAUGAGCAAUGGCUUCGUGGAAGAUUUGGAAAGAGAGAAGACGAGCAGUGGCUUCGUGGAAGAUUUGGAAGGGAAGACGAGCAAUGGCUUCGUGGAAGAUUUGGAAAGAGGGAAGAUGAGCAAUGGCUUCGUGGAAGAUUUGGAAAAAGAGAAGACGAGCAAUGGCUUCGUGGAAGAUUCGGAAAGAGGGAAGACGAGCAAUGGCUUCGCGGCAGAUUUGGAAAGAGGGAAGACGAGCAAUGGCUUCGUGGAAGAUUUGGAAAGAGGGAAGGCGAGCAAUGGCUUCGUGGAAGAUUUGGAAAGAGGGAAGAUGAGCAAUGGCUUCGAGGGAGGUUCGGACGUGGGGCCGAGCAGUGGCUAAGAGGAAGAUUUGGAAGAGAAGCAGGGCAAUGGUUAAGGGGGAGGUUUGGACGUGAGGCAGAGCAAUGGUUGAGAGGAAGAUUUGGUAAGGAAGCGGAAGACGAAGAUGAUGGACUAGAGGACGAAUUUGAGCAGUGGCUGAGAGGAAGAUUUGGCAAAGAAGUCGAUGAGCAGUGGCUCCGUGGCAGAUUCGGUAGGGAAGCUCUUCAGUGGCUACGAGGGCGGUUCGGCAGAGAAUUGGCAGAACAAUGGCUCAGAGGCAGGUUUGGGAAAGAAGCUGAAGAGCAAUGGUUACGUGGACGUUUCGGGAAAGAAACUGAUGAAGCAGAUCAAUGGCUAAGAGGAAGAUUUGGAAAAGAAGCUGAAGAGCAAUGGCUCAGAGGAAGAUUUGGAAAGGAAGCUGCCGAGCAAUGGCUUAGAGGAAGAUUUGGAAAGGAAGCUGAAGAGCAAUGGCUCAGGGGAAGAUUUGGAAAGGAAGCUGCCGAGCAAUGGCUUAGAGGAAGAUUUGGAAAGGAAGCUGAAGAGCAAUGGCUAAGAGGAAGAUUUGGAAAAGAAGCUGAAGAGCAAUGGCUUAGAGGAAGAUUUGGAAGAGAUGCUCUGGAGCAAUGGCUAAGAGGAAGAUUUGGCAGAGAUUCUGAGGAGCAGUGGCUUCGUGGCCGUUUUGGUAAGGAAGCUGAGCAAUGGUUGAGAGGACGCUUUGGAAGAGAAUUCGCUGAUCAGUGGCUUCGCGGAAGAUUCGGUAGAGGCAGUGACAGUUCUAAUGAUGAAAAAGAUGCCAAAACAGAUGUUGCAAAAGAAAGUGAAAGAAAAGGGGGUGAAAAAGAUCUUGGAAGUGCUGAUAAAAGCAAAUAGUAGGUUACUUGAAUGAAAUAGAGACAUGGUUUUGAUUCAUAAUUUGCUUUCGAAGUUUCAAAGACUGAUAUAAAUUGACACGUUGCAUUUGACUAUAGAUAAUGUACAUUGUAUUUAUAAAGAGGAAGCAUUCUGGGCAAAGCUAUUAUUUUGAUCCUUAAAAUCCUAUUUGUGUCUUCCGUAUAUAGUUAGAGCAGGAACUCAUUUAUAUUUCAGCCAUUUAAGAAAGGCUUCUCAAUACAAACGAUGUAAAAGUUUUGUUAUGAAAUUAAGCUUCAUAUUAUUCGCGAUUUCAAAAGCAUGAAAUUUGGACUAAAUACUUGGCAUUUGAUUGUACAAGACUGGUGCAAAACCCCUCAAAAUGUUGAAAAUGUAUGUGAUGAAAUCACUUCCUCGUUUGGCUAUGAAAACGUAAACAACUAAAGUGAAUUUAGACGCAUUCAUAGACCCUGCUUUGCUGAAUUAACCCUGCCAUAUUUUCUGCUUUCAUAUGCUUAAUUCCUUCCUUAAAAUGUCCGUUGGCAAGCUGUUGCUAUGGCAGUCACUAGAAACUACGCACUUCUAGACAAGCGUGGUUUUGCAAUGCAUUGUAACUAGAGUGAUGACAACUGUGCGAUGACAAAUCACUCUGGCUCUUGAUUAUACGUAUUUAAGGUAGUAGAAUAUUAGAACUGUAUAAUUUGUUCACUGCCUAUUCAAAUAGAUUUGAAAUGUAUGAAAAUAAUUGAUUUUAAAUAGCUGCACGAUAGCUGGGAGACAGGUUUUUCCCUUCAAAAAACGUACUUAAAAAACGAUUUUGUAUCUUAACUCUAAGAUACUAGAGAACCGUGCACAUUGUAUUGAGAUGAAGUUUCAAUCGCAAAUACACAGGUUGCUUGUAAAAUUGAUUUUUAUUUCUCUUAAUUAUAUGUGAAUGAAUGAGUAAUGAUCAAGGUCACUCAAAGA